AUGGCUGCGACGCGAAAGUUGCAAGGUGAAAUUGAUCGGUGCCUGAAGAAAGUCACUGAGGGCGUAGAAACGUUUGAAGAUAUUUGGCAGAAGGUCCAUAAUGCUACGAACAGCAAUCAAAAAGAAAAGUAUGAAGCAGAUCUCAAGAAGGAAAUCAAAAAGCUGCAGCGAUUACGUGAUCAAAUCAAAUCAUGGAUCGCAUCCGGCGAGAUCAAGGAUAAAAGUGCGCUGCUGGAAAACCGUCGGCUCAUAGAAACCCAAAUGGAGCGGUUUAAGGUAGUCGAACGGGAAACAAAAACAAAAGCAUACUCGAAGGAGGGUCUGGGCGCGGCCCAAAAGAUGGAUCCUGCGCAGCGGGAAAAGGAAGAGAUUAGCAGCUGGCUAACAUCGUCCAUCACCUCACUGCAGAUACAGAUCGAUCAGUUCGAGUGUGAGAUUGAAUCACUCUUAGCGGGGAAGAAGAAGAAACUCGAUAAGGACAAGCAGGACAAAAUGGACGACCUGAAGAACAAGCUGGAGAGGCAUAAGUUCCACGUCACGAAGCUGGAGACGUUGCUGCGGAUGCUCGACAACGAUGGCGUCGAGGUGGAACAGAUCAAGAAGAUCAAGGAAGACGUUGAGUACUACAUCGAUUCCUCGCAGGAGCCUGACUUCGAGGAAAACGAAUUCAUUUACGACGAUAUCAUCGGGUUGGAUGACGUGGAAAUCUCUGGUAUCCCGGUAUCGACCGGUACGGAUAGCAAUAACAGCAAUGAGACGGCAGGAUCGCCCAGUAGUCUUAUAUCUGGAACUAGUCCGGCGCAGUCCCCGGUGCUAAACUACAGUGCCAGCACUCUACACAAUCACAGCAGCGAUCUGUCCGCCGAUAAUAACAAUCUGAAUGAGAAACGUUCAAAGAGCGAAGGCACGAAGAUUACGCCGGUGAAACCGACCGCAAUCCGAGCUAGCAAGGUGGACCCGUCCGUCACAGCUGUCAGUAAUGCCGUUAACAACAACGGCAGCAGUAAUAGCACCAGUAGCAGUAGUAGCAACAGUAACAAUUCGUCCAAGACCGGGCUAAUCAGCUCGACGCCCAGCAAAAACCAUGCGAAUGCUGCCGCGGCGUUACCCAGCAUGCUGGUACUACCACAGCCGCCUAACAGUAUACCCAUCAUUGGACCCGCUUUUGCUGCCGUUGCAAAACAACAUCCCAAAAAUGGCUCUUUACUGCAGCCUAGCACGCCUACGACAGCGACCGGUGCGUCAGCAACGUCAGCGACUGGCUCAUUGCAAACGCAAGCUUCGAAUGCAUCGAACGCCUUCAGCAGUCUCAGUCAAAUAAUUAAUGCAUCUCAACCUAAGGUUAGUCAGCAGCUGCAGCAACAGCAGCAGCAACAGCAGCAACAAGCGCAGAAUAGUCUACCGAGUGCUGCAGCCGUAGUGGCUGCCGCAAGCAGUAGUAGCGUGUCGUCUACGACGCAGGCAAACGCCACUUCGCAGCAGCAGCAACAGGCACAGCAGCAACAGCAACAACAGGCCCAGCAGCAAUCCCAGCAGAUUCCACCUGGUCAGAAUUCCAUGCUACUUCACAAUGCCCUAUCGUCGGCAUCAAGUACGGAGAGCAACAAUCAUGUAAUGAGUACAUCGUCCGCGUCUACCAUCAGUAGCAGCGGGGCGAACGUUAUUAAUAACUGUGUCUCUCCCAGCAAUUCCGCAGUCAGUAGCAGAGCGUCACCUAGUUUGAUGUCACCACCGCAGCAGCAGCAGCAGCAGUUGCUGAACGGUCCCACAACACUCGCGCAAGAAGUGAUAAAUAGAACAGGAGUUCUCGAAACUGGCCCAAGUUCCAACCCAAACACGUUAAUGCAACAACAGAAUCCCCAGGGUGCGACCCCGGUGACGGUGGCGACGUCCGCCGCGCAGCAAGUUGCAGCACAAGCGGCCGCACAGGCGGCGGCAGCAGCAGCGGCUGCCCAAGCGGCGGCCACAGCCGCUGCCGUGGCUGGCCAGCAGCUGCAGCAUUCGCAGCAGCAACAGCAACAGCAGCAACAACAACAACCACAGUCCGCCGAUUCGAGACAGGCUGGGCCAGUUCCUUCGAAUCCAUCGGCACAGUCGCAAUCCGGCGGGCCGGCGUUUAUGGUGGACGCUAGCGGUGUCCCUACCGGUGCCGCCACCGGCAAUCUACUACCGACAUCGUCAGCAACUGCCAUCACGAAUGGACCGAACACGAUCAUUAACACUAACUCAAGUAUUUCGAACGCCGCCAACGUAAACAGUGGCACUGGCGGAGUCAUGAAGGCUACAGCCGGUACCCACGAGGCAUGCAUACCACCCCUACUCGGCGUGGCGCCCCUCGGGACGUCAAAGCUGCAGAAAGAGCAUCAAAUACAAUUCCAACUGAUGGAAGCCGCCUAUUAUCAUCUGCCAACACCAAGCGAUUCAGAGAGGCUAAGGCCGUACUUGCAACGUCAACCCGUGCAGACACCACCGCACUUUCCACAGCAACAACUUCCACAUUCUGAAACGGUUGAGUUUUUCCAGCGUCUCUCACCCGAGACGCUUUUCUUCGUGUUUUACUACAUGGAGGGAACGAAGGCUCAAUAUUUGGCCGCAAAGGCGCUGAAAAAACAGAGCUGGAGAUUUCAUACGAAAUAUAUGAUGUGGUUCCAGCGCCACGAAGAACCGAAAGUGAUCAACGAAGAGUACGAGCAGGGAACCUACAUCUAUUUUGACUAUGAAAAAUGGGGCCAGCGUAAAAAGGAAGGGUUUACGUUUGAAUACAAGUACUUAGAAGACAGGGACCUGAAUUGAUCUUUACAGAUUACGGAACUCUUUUUUUAAAAAAUAUGUGGAAAAGUAAAAUGAAACGAAAAAAAUUGAUCAAUAAAAACUAUAAAAUGUUCUGAAAAAAAUUCAACAGGAUCGCAAAACUCACAGAGAAAAAUGUACAUUCGUGAAACCACCAAUG